AUCACCACCACUCCUGAGAUCACCACCACUCCUGAGAUCACCACCACUCCUGAAAUCACCACCACUCCUGAGAUCACCACCACCACUGAGAUCACCACCACUCCUGAGAUCACCACUACUGAGAUCACCACCACUCCUGAGAUCACCACCACUGAGAUCACCACUACUCCUGAGAUCACCACCACUCCUGAGAUCACCACCACUGAGAUCACCACCACUCCUGAGAUCACCACCACUACUGAGAUCACCACCACUGAGAUCACCACCACUCCUGAGAUCACCACCACUCCUGACACCACCACCACUGAGAUCACCACCACUCCUGAGAUCACCACCCCUGAGAUCACCACCACUCCUGACAUCACCACCACUGAGAUCACCACCACUCCUGAGAUCACCACCACUGAGAUCACCACCACUCCUGAGAUCACCACCACUCCUGACGUCACCACUACUGAGAUCACCACCACUCCUGAGAUCACCACAACUGAGAUCACCACUACUCCUGAGAUCACCACCACCCCUGAGAUCACCACC